AUGGCUGCGGAGGGUGCGUUGUCCACCCCCGGCAGCCCCGGCGGCCUCGAGUCCCCUUCCAUGAUGCUCCGGAAAGUGUCGGUGAACACGCCCAAAGGAAGCAAGUCCCCAGAAGCUAUAUCGCCAACUCCAAGCAAGGCCAGGAUGCUUCCCGGAGAGGGGCGCCCAAAAAGCCAGCUGGCAAAGGAGGACAGCCACCAGCAGGAAAAUCGGUUUACAUCAACGGCCGCUACGCACAGCGCGACCGCCCAGAUUGCGAAACUGCAGGACCAGGCGGACAUGUUUACACGCAAAAUUGAGCUGGAGAAGCGGCGAGUGGCGGAGCUGGACAAGCAGAUUCAGCAGAUGAACGCCAAGAUCAUGGAGCAGAGAAAGAAAAUGGGGGGAGUCAACGCUGCAAAGGAGAAUAAUGCGCAAAUCAGCAAGCAGAUCAAGAUACUGGAGAACAGGCUCGACAAGGCUCUGGUGAAGUACAACGAGGCGGUGGCGCACAACAAGGCCCUCCGGGAAAACAUUGACAACCUGCGGCGGGAGCGCCUUGUGUUUGACCAGAUCUACAAAAAGUUGGAGCGGGAGUUGCAGGAGAAGAAGCGCGAGAUGGCGCACAUCAUCGAAAUCUCAAACCUCGCGUACGAGUCGCGCGACGCGGCGGUGAACGAGAUGGCGGCGCUCAAGGCGCAGGCGGACAAGGAGCAGGCGGCGUUCGAGGCGGAGUGGAAGGAGCUCGGCAAGCUCAUCGAGCACGACCGCCGGAUGAAGGACAUGAUGAAGAGCCGCGAGAAGACGGCCCCGCCCGAGCCGGAGAAGAAGGGCGACAUGUCCGUGGAAGAGGAGCAGAAGCUCAAGAAAAAGGUGAUCCGCGGCAACUGGAACAUCGCGAAGGACAAGGUGGCGCAGGCGGUGUCGCUGGAGAAGGUGCAGAGCUACGGCGAGGCGUUCGCCAAGAUCCAGGAGGCGACCGGGAUCACCGACAUCGACGAGCUGGUCACCACCUUCAUCAACGCGGAGGACCAGAACUUCAGCCUCUUCAACUACGUCAACGAGCUCAACCAGGAGAUCGAGAAGCUGGAGGAGCAGAUUGCGGACAUCAAGGCGGAGAUUGAAAAGUACAAGGGGCAGGGCGUCAACACCGACAACCAGCGCAAGAAAAUACUCAAGGAGCUGGAGGACCGGCUGGUGCGCACGGAGGCGAAGGCGGAGGUGUACGAGGGCAAGCACGCGGUGGCGCAGAAGACGAUGAACGCGCUCAAAGUGGGCAUCCAAAACAUCUUCACCAAGAUCGGCUGCGCCACGCCCGCCGUCAAAGAGCUCCUCGGCGACGCCGGCGUCACCGAGUCCAACAUGAUGCAGUACCUGGGCAUCAUCGAGCAGCGCACGAACGAGAUUCUGCAGCUGUACGCGGCGAGCCAGAGCGGCGGCCACGGCGGCGGCGGGCUGGACGGCGUGCUGGGGACCAUUGGCAGCAUCCUGGGGCAAGGCCCGCAGACGCCCGCGGGGGCCACCACCAUCGCCAUCGAGCCGCCGUCGACUACUGACGACAUGCAAACCGAAUCCGAGAGCGACGAGGAGGAGAUGGAGGAGCGGCCGAUGACGCGCGACGAGCUGCGGGUGAAGACGCUCAAGAGCCUGGGCAAGCGCGAGGGGCAAGCCAAGUCGUACGCGGCGACCCGCUUCCGGAAACCGGAGACGACGGGGCGGGCGAGCGCCAUGCGGAAAGCGCCGCCCGCCGCCGCCGAGGACACGUGA